CGCAGUGUACGCAAAUCGCAAAUUGCAAAAGUAAUGCCCCCGCCGCUACAUGGAAAUUGAGAAACAUAGAUCCAAGAACUGCAAUAAUGCCCUAGUGUGUGUGUGAGAGAGCCAAAGAGAGCGCCCCAGUGCACGUGUGUGUGUGUGUGUUAGAAUGCACCUUGUGGUAUUUUGAAAUCUAAAAUUGCCAAACACCCAGCGCGUUUCUUUUUUUCGAGAGCAUUGCAAAAGACUCCAGCUGUGCUAAUGCUAAGUUAAAACGAAUAAAAACGAGAAACUGAGCAAAAAACCGAAGAACCAAAGAACUAAAAAACCGAGAAAAAGAAACUUAAAAUCAGAAGCCAAGGCUGCCGCUCUUUCAUUUUAGCGGAUGGCCGAAACGAUCAGCACAGCGGCCAGCGGCAUGGAGUUAGCCCUAAAGGAUCCCAGUCCGACAGUGGGAGGCGGCAUCAUUGUGGACAUGACGCCCACUACGGCGGCCCUGCUGCAUCACAAUGCGAUGGCUCUGCGGAGUCUCAAGGAGGCCGCCUCAUCCGCCUCCGAAUCAGAGCUGCAGGAGCCGCGAUCGCCGACGCCCACGCCCACGAAUCUCAGCACCGGCCCCCACUCGCCGCCCAUGACCUUUCGUUGCGAGCGAUGCGACAGUUUCGAGACCAGUUCGCGAGCCUCCCUGCUGCUCCACGUGGUCCAGUGCCUGGCGGGGCAGGCGGCGGCGGCGGCAGCGGCGGCGGCUGCUUCGGCGCGGCUCAAGAGCGAGGAUCUGCAGGAGCCGGAGAACAUGAGCCUGGGCCACAUGGAGGGAGGCAAAGGUGAUGGCCAUGCAGGCAACGGUUCCAGCUCUUCGGCCAGCUCCUCACCGGCGGGAAACAGCGGCGGCGGAGGAGGCGGGGGCGGCGGCAACAGCAGUUCCCGCAAGGUCUUUGAGUGCGAUGUGUGCAACAUGAAGUUCUCCAACGGCGCCAAUAUGCGGCGACACAAGAUGCGACACACGGGUGUCAAGCCGUACGAGUGCCGGGUGUGCCAGAAGAGGUUCUUCCGCAAGGACCACCUGGCGGAGCACUUCACCACGCACACCAAAACGCUGCCCUAUCACUGUCCGAUCUGCAAUCGCGGCUUCCAGCGCCAGAUUGCGAUGCGUGCCCACUUCCAGAACGAGCAUGUGGGCCAGCAUGACUUGGUGAAGACAUGUCCGCUUUGCAGCUACCGAGCGGGCUCCAUGAAAUCGUUGAGGAUUCACUUCUUCAACCGGCACGGCAUCGAUCUGGAUAAUCCGGGACCGGGUGGUACCUCCUCGUUGCUUCUGGCCCUCGAAUCGCAGGCUUCGGCGGCGGCGGCAGCAGCGGCAGCUAGUUAUGUGCCUCCUGGCCUCAGUCCCGUGCCCGUGCAAUCUCAGUCCCAGCAGCAACAGCAGCAGCAACAGGUUGCUCCUCCGGCCAGCGACAGUGGGGAGUCCAUGAGAUCCCUCGAGAACGCCACGCCUCCAAUGCACUUCCUCACGCCGCACGUGGAGAUCUCGACGCUGGGUGAGAGUGGCAAUACGGAGCUGUUUAAUCUGAUUUGCGUUUGGCGUGAAUCUGCAUUACAGGGCAACAACAACAACAACAACAACAACAACAACAACAACAACAGCUGCGCAACCAACAACAACAUCAACAACAACAGCGGGAGCAACUCCAUUAGCAAUGGAAAUGCCGAGUCCAAUGGCGAUAAGGUGAAAGAUCGAGCCCUCAUCAUGCAAUCGCCGGUGGAGUUGCCCAUGGAUUGCAACACAAAGGCCACGCCCAUCACAUCCAGCACCACAGCCAGCAAUCUGAGUGGAGGUCUCAAGAGCCACCACCAGCAUCCGCACCACCACCACCACCAUCACCACCACGAGAACCACAUAACGCCGUCGAUCAGUCUGAUACCCAUUAAACAGGAGCCCAUGGUCGAGGAUGUGGAUAAGAAGGACCUGAUGAACGGCAGUGAUCCCAGUAGCGAUACAGAACAGGCUUCCAAUAACAGUAGCAACAGCAGCAGCAACAACAACAGAAUCACCUCACUGAUCAAGGUCUCGCCACUGAAAUCGCUCCUGCGCGAAGAUCUCAAGCGGCGCAUCUGCGCGAAGGCCAACAACCGGAUCACCCGGAACGCCACACCGCUGGAGAGUAAUAACAACAAUUCCGUGCUGUCCAACAGCUUGAGCAAUGGAUCGGGUCGAGGAUCGCCCGGGGUUAAUGGCGUCAGCGGUGGCGGAGGAGGCGGGGGACCGCCCACACCAGCGACGCCCAAUGCCACGAAUGGCGCCGGCUCGACGCCCAUCUGCAACGGAACGAUCACGUCGACCGGCCAGGACGGAGACCUGCUGCUCAACCGCAAGCUGAUCCUCACCUGCCACUUCUGCGGCAUCGAGUUCCCCGACGAGACGCUGUACUUCCUGCACAAGGGCUGCCACUGCGAGAGCAAUCCGUGGCGGUGCAACAUCUGCGGCGAGCAGCUGAACAACGUCUACGAGUUCAACUCGCACCUGCUCAGCAAGAGCCACCAAUAGCAGCCACAGUUGGCCGGCAAGUAGGUGGACCCAAAAGCUUGCCGGCUCGGGAUCUGGACGGUCCCCCGAAUCAAACCAGAUUCAGAAUAUUUACUUAGCUCAAUUUUGAGAGAUUUUCCACAACCAGGCACACAGUUAAGCUCAGAGCAAAUUAUACACUUACCAUCUAGUUCUACGUUUAAACUUACGUCUACGUUACAUAUAUAGUUAGUUAGAGAUAACUCAUCAUAUUUUUAUGAUCUGCAUGCAGAGAGUAUGAAAAUCAAAUGAGAGCUACGUAGUUACCUAAUCCCUUAAAGAGUCGAACAGUCGAAAAGUCGAGAUUGCAGAAUCAAAAACGGAAUGCGAUGGAUAUACAUACAUAUAUACCUUCCCGGAAACCAACCCUGUUAUGUAGUCUUAUUAUGCAUUAGGUUUGUAGUUUAGUCCUUAAGUACUUUGGCAAUAAUUUCCAGCCGGUUCAACUGGCCAGCAAACACUUGCGUCAACGCGGGUCCGCUUAAGUCGGUUUUAGUGCAUUAUAUAGCUAAGGCUCGCCUCAAAGGUGGCAGUUUAUGGUUUUAAACAUCCACACUUCACACUCGACACACAUAGAUACAUCUAAUAUAUAUGCCCAUACAUUUGCAGCGAAGGGCUUUAAAUUUGUUAUGUUUUCAGAGUUUAAUACGACGCAGCAAGUUUGAUUACGCGGAUAUAAACGAGAAGCUAUAUCUACAUAUAUUUACAUAUAAACAACAGGAUAUAUUCGUACAUAGCCAGGUUAUAUACACCACUCUCACACAGAUACAGAUACCGAUGCAGACAUAAACACAGAUACAGAUAUAGAUCCGGAUUCAGAUUCAGAUUCAGAUAAAGAUUCUUUUAGCUUAGCAGAGGGUUAACGAAUUAUGAAUUCAAUUAUUAUACUCGUACCUUUUACAUAGCUCCUAGUUUGAAUAACUAAUCUAACACAAUAACAGCAACGAUCGAGUUUCUUCGAUUGUGGAAAACAUUUCGAAUAUUCGCACAGUGCUGCUCGUAAGUUUGCAUACAACUGGAGCGUAGGAACAUUUUUUAAACAAGCAAGACAAAAACAUGCAAAAAUUACAAUUGUGAUACGAAAUUGUUGUAAAUAAUUGGUAAAUCGAAAUAUGAGUAACAUGAACUUUAUCGUUUAGACAAAACUAUGCCUUAGAUGCCUAUGAUAUAGCAUUACAUACAUAUACUGAUAUACUGAUAUCUACAUCUACGAUACGAGCGAUCACUGUACAAACAACCAACUGGACAAGAAACUGUUGAUUAGUAUAGUUAACUUUAGUGUAAAUCAAAAUUUGAAAAUGAAAUCCCCCGAAUCCCUCCACCUACCUCUGUACCCCCUCCCCGAUUCCCGUCCCCUUCCGGCCCCACCCCCUUUGCUGACGUCACGGGUUGUAUGCAGCCAGCAAGGCGCCACUGUGCGCUAAAUUUUACUUCAAAUUAACAUCCGUCCAUGAUGUUCACAAAUUCUAGCGAAAAUAACACACUUAUCCAUAAUGCUUAUGUACGUAAAAACAAAAAAGAGGAUUCGAAGCCAACCACAUUGUUUAGUUCCCAUCUUCUUCUGUUAUUCGAUCUGUACUUUUAGGUAGCUUUAAUUCAUAGUCGAAGGUUUUUGUUAAUAAUUUUUGUUGUUCAUCCGUUAGCACAUUAGAAGACACCUGCAGCACUUGCACAUUAUGUACAUUACGUUCUUCCCAACUUCUUCUUACAGCAAUAUAUGGUAAUCACCCCUUUAUUUUGCUCUUCUCUAGCCAAUUCACACGUGUAAAAAUGGUUUGUUGUGUUCAGUUAAUAUUUACUACUUACUACUCGGUAAUUUACCACAUAGGGCUUAAUUUUGUUUUUGUUUUUAACUUUGUUAAUAAACUAGCAUCAAGUUGUUACACAAA